AUGGGAAUUUGUGGGACUUCAUUUGAAGAGAAUUGGGAGGAUAGGGGGCUGUUUGGGGAAGUAGUUAAGGGGAUCGGGGUAUUUAAACCCAUCACCCCCGGUAUCAACCCUAACCGUAAACACUCUGACAGCCGCCACCUAUAUGCCUCCUUCUUCCAGCCGCCGCACCACCCAUUUACUUCCAUCCUCCGGCCGAUAAAGACCACUGCUACUCCUCCUGCCGUCAAAGUCGCAACCACCCUACCGCUUCUCUCCACUGUUGUCGCUAUAGCUCACAUCGACGAAAUGACGCGGUUAUUGUUGAGCAUCGCCGCUACCACUUCAACGGUGGUCCCACCGUCAUCUUCUGCCGCUAAUGGCCACCGUUGCUUCCUAUUCUCAUGUGCUAUGUUACAGCCUCGACCCAUCGCCGCUUGUGCAACUCUCAUGUUGCUCUGGUUAUCGCUUAUCGCCACAAGGACUGUCAUGUUCGUGUUUCACGCGGGUGUGAGUGUGCAGAUGCUUCAAGUCUGUGUGGUUUGUGUUAUUUCGUGGGUGUGGCUUAUUGACUGGGAACCAAAGAAAUCACCGCUACCACCGUAA